AGCCCCAGGGGCCCCUAGCUCGGUUCCCCACGCGAACACGAGCAUUACAAUUCACGCCAGGAGGCCGGUUUAGCGAACUGUAAACAAUAUAGUUUCAGUUAUUGUGCUUUAAACGCCGCUCUCAACCGACCUAAAACGGUCUAUAUCGAUGUAAAAAAGUUAACUUGUCUCCGGCGUCGGGCAGACAGUGGGAGGGGUGUUCAGGAUAUAGAAACAGCGAAGGGUUUUAUGGGUGCUUGUCUUUUAAAUGGCUUUCUGAAUGGUUUUAAAAUCCCUGUUUCCGGUAACCUGACAAACACGGAAGACUCUGUGCUAUUUAAUACCACAUUACACUAUAAUGGAAGAACAAGAGAAGCGAAAAUCCGAGUCCCAGGAUCACCCUUGCGAGGAGCAGACACAUUCUCUCUCAGUAGUACUAAGCGUCGAGGAGGAAGCGUCGGAAAUGCCGAAUGAUUGGGGUCUCAACUCAGCAGAGGAGGAUAGCGUGGCCAACGGUUUCGGUGCGGAGGAGGAGGGCGAGGAGGCAACCCCUGGGCUCUUCCCCGGCACCACCUACUGGAGUGUGAGCGAAGGGCCGGACUUUCCGCUCCUCCUGUCGCCGGUGGCCGGGCCAUCGCGGGCCAAGCGAGGCAAGCGGCGGGUGGAGAGGGCGUCGCGUUCGGGCAACAGCCGGAUCCCUGGCCGCGACCACCGACGGUACUACCACGAGUACUGGCGCGCCGAGUUCCUGAUGGAUUUCGACGCGCAGCGGCACCGAAUGCUGUGCAUGGUGUGCGGCAGCUCCCUAGCCACACUGAAACUCAGCACCAUCAAGCGCCACAUCCAGCAGAAGCACCCGGAGUCCCUGCUCUGGAACGCUGCCGACAAGGAGGCCAUCCGCGUCGGCUGGGACUCCCACCUCCGGGUGCAGGGGGCGCCGAGUCCCGCCCGGCCCUCGGGCCCGGGGACGCAGAGCCAAGAGGGGGCGCUGAACUCUGUACCCCUUUCGUCAGGUGAGCCGACGUCGGAGACCCCCGGGGUUAAGGCCGAUCCGGCCCCGCGUCCCUCCGCUGUGGCCCCCCCAGAGCCUCAACAGCCCUCCCCCUCCCCCGAGCCCCCAGCCCUCGUGCUGGAGCGGUACGUGGACGACUCUCUGCAUGCCUGGUUCCGGCAGGAGUUCCUGAUGGAGUACCGGGCCCAGGAGGGCCGGCUGGUCUGCAUGGUCUGCUCCGGACAGCUGCCCUCUCUGCACCUGGAGCACAUCAAGCGGCACGUCCUCGACCGGCACCCUGUCUCCCUGCUGUACAGCGCUGUGGAGAGACACUCCAUACUGCACACCUGGGCCCAGAAACACGAAUCAGAGAGUGGCUCGCUGCUGGAGCAAACGUCAAUCAAACCGGAGCCUCUGCCGGAUGGGGGCGGGGCCAGCAUGGACGUCGGGGUGCCCGGAGGGGGCGGGGCCAGCGCAGACGGUGGGUUGCCUGGAGACAGCGGAGCAGGCGUGGCGUUGCCGCGGAGCCCGUCGGCGGGCAGGCUGCCGAAGCGAUGGCGGCUAGGGUACCUGGUGGCCCGCUGCCCCACCCGCCGGGCGGUAGUCUGCAUGGUGUGCUCCCAGACCCUGCCCACCGCCAACGCCAAGACCUUCCGCCAACACAUCCGCCUGCAGCACCCCGACACCGCCACCCUCAGCCGGCCCCAGAGACGCGCCCUCGCCGACGCCUGGAGCAAACAGGCCGGGGCCCCGGGGCCACAGGAAGCAGGGCUCCAGGGUCAUGCAGAAGAUCCUCCCCCGGAUGUCAGUCCCCCCAGCAGCACCACCCCGGGGCGGGGGGCAGGGCCCGGCCGGCUGGGCCCCCACGCAGGGAAGGACCAGCAGCGUAACUACCAGGAGCGCUGGCGCACGGAGUACCUGAUGGAGUACGACAGCCGGCGGCGGGGGCUGGUGUGUGUGGUGUGCGGGGCCGCCCUCGCCACCCUCAAAGUCAGCACCAUCAAGCGGCACAUCCAGCAGGUUCACCCGCUCACCCUGGUGUUCAGCCCCGCCGAGCGGGAGGAGGCGCUCAGGAACUUUAGCCACCCUGCCGUCACCCCGACCCCGACCCCAGAUCCGGACACCUCCCCGCUCAGAACACUCGACUCGCCACCAGGGGGCGGUGUGGAGCAGGAGUAGCACACCUCACCCCGGGCACGUUCCCAAUCGCUUAUUUAUUAUUAUAUCCCUACGGGGGUGCCCAUCCCAAUAUUCGAAACAAACUGUAUCCUCCUUUCCUCUACUCACCUCCUUUCUAUCUGGAAGUAUGGAUCCUCGUUCCUCGACUGGCCUGGAAAUCGAUCCGUCGUUAAGGACGUUCCUUCAACCCGUUAAAUGCUCCUUGUGAAGGAGCUAGGGGCAAGCAAGGCUAGGAUCCUUGAGCAAGGAAACGUGAGCGCAUCCUUUUGCGCUCAGAAAAUGCAGGGUGGGGGGAGAGGGUGGGGCUGGUGAGGGCCCACAAAAAUUCCAGUGGGAAUACCGAAGGGGAGACCAGAGUAAUGUUCUUACAGGGGGCCCAGAAUUCCGAGCAGAAUUCCUGAGAACACGUGACGUAUAAAUGACCAACCUGUGGAUCCGCCUCUGCCCAUCUGCGUCUGUAACUGAGGUGGUUUCAGACUGAAAACAUUCCAUUUGUCUAAUAAACGUUUCCUUGAUUCUCCCAUCCUUGCCUCCUCCUCCUCCGAUGGGUGUAGGUAGGAGCUCGGAAAGGAGACCAGGAGAUAAAUAUAAUAAGCGAUUAGAAAGAGCCGGCUGGCUGCUCCUAACUAUAGCUGUUUCUGAGAUUAUUGCUAUUUAUUUGCUGUAGCAUGGCGGUCCCCAGUGUGUGAGCGGGAGGCCUUUG